GUUGCAUAAUCUCCCUUCUUCUACAAUCUCAAACUAUGGAGAAAGAAUCAGCUCAUGAUUUUAAAGGAAAAAAGAAUUAAAAAACAAAACAAAACGAAACGAAACGAAAAAUCCUCUUCAUGACAUUAACAAAUUCAUAAAUCUCCCAUGCCUUCAAAGAUCAGCGCAAACCAUCUCCAACUUCUUGAAUCCUUAAUCACCCACAAAAUACCUCUCAGCCUCACCCCAAAACUCCACUCCAUAAUCAUCACCUCAGGCCUCCACAAUGACUCGCUCCUCUCCACAAAGCUCAUCACUCUCUACUCCCAACUCCAAAACAUCCCUUCAGCUCAGAAAGUAUUCACCCACUUCCAACCCCCCAACAUCUUCAUCCUCAAUUCAAUGCUCCGAGCCCUUUCCUCAAAUGGGUUCAAUCAAGAAUCCAUCAACUUGUUCUCCAUUGAACGAAAACGAGGCCUCGAACCCGAUAGCUACACAUUCUCAUGUGUCAUCAAGGCCUGUGCUUGCAUUUCAGACCUCUGGAAAGGGAAAUGCCUUCAUCAGAUGGCAAUUGGAUGUGGCUUUGGAUCGGAUGUGUUUGUUUGUAACUCUUUGAUUUCAAUGUAUGCGAAAUGUGGGAGUUUGGAGAGUGGCGUCCAGGUGUUUGAUAAAAUGCCUCACAGAGAUGUUGUGUCAUGGAAUUCGAUUCUUUCGGGGUUUUCUUGUAAUGGGCUUGAUUUGGAGGCAAUGAAGAAAGCUCGUGAGAUGGUCAGGAAUGGGUUUAUGCCCGAUGAGGCUACCAUUGUUAGUUUGCUUAAGAUCAGUUCUAUCGAUGAGGAUAUUGUUAGAGAAGUGCAUUGCUAUAUCUUGAGACAAGGGCAUGAGUCUAUUAAAAUAAUCAAGAAUGCACUCAUUAGCGCUUAUGGGAAGUGUGAUCGGGUUAAUGAGGCUGGUAGAAUAUUUGAUAGUUUGAAUGAAAAAGAUAGAGUUUCUUGGAAUGCGAUGAUAUCUUGCUAUGCUCAGAAUGGAUUGUUCGAUGAAAGUAUUGAUCUUCUUAGAGACAUGCAGGUCUCUGGAUUGAAUGUGGAUGUUGUUACUUAUAGCGGGAUCAUUUCUUCAUUGUCUCAGAAUAAUCUUUCGAAUGAAGCGAUGAAAGUGUUCAAGGAAUUGUUGAGUGAAGGCCUGAAGCCAGAUGUUAUAGCCAUCGCUAGUGUUCUCCCGUCAAUUUCUGGUGUUUUGUGCUUAGACUUCUGCAAACAAAUCCAUGCCUAUUCGUACAGGCACGGGCUUGAAUUUGACAGAAGAGUUCGAAAUGCCCUCGUUUCAGUCUAUUGCGAUUGUGGUCUUGUUCAAAAUGCUGAGAGAGUUUUCAAGGCAAUUUUGGACAGAGAUGUGAUAUCUUGUAGUUCAAUGGUAGCAGGAUACACACAUAACCAUUAUUUUGUAGAUGCCAUCAACACUUAUCGGGAAAUGAUUCGAGCUGAGAUUGAACCAAACCCUAUUACGAUAACGAGUGUGCUUUCAGCUUGUGCAGGAAUUUCUGGACUCUGUUUAGGCAAAGAACUUCACUCAUGGGCGUUGAAGAAGUCGUUGGAUAACCAUUCCUGUGCUGGCAGUGCUCUCAUCGACAUGUAUGCAAAAUGUGGAAGAAUUGCUUACUCAAGAAGAGUUUUCGAUUUGAUGAAAGACCGGAAUGUCGUAACUUGGAAUUCAAUGAUAGGAGGUUAUGCUAUCCAUGGACUCAGUGAAAAUGCUCUUGAGCUAUUCUACAUGUUACAGGAGCCCGAUGAUGUGAGCUUCAUUGCUGCAUUAUCAGCUUGUAGCCAUGGUGGGCUCAUUGAAGAUGGUAUCAAGAUCUUCAAUAGCAUGAAAAAUUUUAAAAUUGCUCCGAGACAAGCACACUACACUUGUAUUGUAGACUUGUUAGCUCGAUCUGGGAGAAUACAACAAGCGGUAGAAUUGGUGAGGACAAUGCCGAUAAAGGCAAGUGAUGAGAUUUGGGGAGUGAUUCUUGGAGCGAGCAAAAUGCAUUCAGAUACAGAGAUUGGAUUUUAUUCGGGUGCAAGGAUACUUGAGACUGGAACCGAUAAUUCGGGAUAUUAUGUGUUGUUAUCGAAUAUGUUUGCGGGUUGUGGGAAGUGGGAGGAGGUGGAAGGGAUGAGGGAGAUGAUGAAGGAGAAGGGAGUGAAGAAAGGUGCAGGGAGUAGCUGGAUUGAGGUGGAUAACAGGUUCCAUUGUUUUGUUGCAAAGGAGAGAGCGCAGCAUCCUGAGUGGGAGAGAAUGUUCAGGGUGUUGACUUUCUUGAAUGAACAAAUGAGGUGAGAGCCGCCUACAGGAAUCCAUUACACGCUAAUUUAGAGAAACAUUUUCUAAGAACAAGGAGCUCGUUGGUUUCAGAAGCCCUUCAGGUUUUAGUUCACGUAGGAUUCAGCACUUGACUGGAUUUAUAUAGACACGCUAUCCCUUUCACAUUCACAGAUCACAGAGACAGCCAAACAGUGAACAAAAGAAACAAACAGAAGCUUAUUGCAGUGCCACAGCCUGAACAUAAGAAACAAACAAAAGCUAAUUGCAAUUUUGAUAUGGAUCACAGAACUAUGAACCACAGGGUGUAACCGACAUAUCCUUUGACGCGCACCUUUUGUUAUAAGAGAAGCUGACACCGUUCGCAAUACAAGCGAUACCCACUCUGGGAAUUAGGUGAUUAAGCUGUAAGAGAAGCUGACAUCGGUCGCAAUACAAGCCAUACCCACUCUGGGAAUUAGGUGAUUAAGUUGUAAGAGAAGCGGACACCAUUCGCAAUACAAGCGAUGCCCACUCUGGGAAUAAGUCAAACUGUACCAAAUAAGGUGAUUUAAGUUGUAAGAGAAGCCAACACCGUUUGCAAUACAAGCGAUACCCACUCUGGGAAUAAGCCAAAGAAAUCUGCAAUGCGUUUCAAACAUUUCGAGGACUCUGCAUUUUGUUUCUUUUUUUCAUACAUCCAAACUUAGUUGUAAUGUUGUACAUGCAUGACGUAUAUCCCAUGAAACUGGAACAAGUACAAACAUGCCAAGAACAAA